AUGAAAGCUAACAAACAGAAACGCACGCACGAUAACGAGACGUCCUCGUCUCCUGUUUCGCCCAAGAAGCAGAAGGCCAGAGACAAAGGCUCUCAAGAGUCAAAAGCACGACCUAGUCGUUCAAGUCGCUCAAAUUCUGGUAAAAACACGAGAACGUUUUCUACCAGAAAUAAUACCGCGAUGUCGGAUAAGUUCGACACGAGAUUACUACCCAAGAUAGUGUGGGUAUUGCAUGAAACCGAAGGGCUUUGGUGGCCUGGGGAGAUAAUAAACGAGAACAAGUCUGAAAUUCCUCUCAAAGUAAAAUACUUCGGUCGGAUAAAACCAAACACAGUAGAAAUUUCCGAUCCAUCUUCAGAGUGCAUCGUCCCCUUCCAUCAUUCGUUAUCAUCCACAUUUCGCGAAGAUGGAAUAAAGUCUAAGCGAAAAAAAGAAUUUGUAAGGGCCUUUGAACUGGCUCAAGAGGAAGAUAUCGAGGAUAAUGAUGGAUUACCUAGCGCAGAUUGGGCAAUACAAACUGUGGCCUCUCCUAAAAAGCCGAAAAGGACAGGAACAACAGUUGGACAGUCAAACGAUAACGAUUCAAAUUUGGAUCAUGACAAGACGCAAGACGGUUAUUCUACCGAGAUGUCAGAGUUGGAUACGAGUUUGAAGAUACCGGGUGAACCGGUCUUGGCAUAUUAUCGAAAGAAUAAGCUAUAUUAUCCAGCAAGAAUAGAUGAGUAUAUAAAGUCGAAUAAAUACCGAAUAACUUUCCUCGAUGAAACACACAAAACCUGUAGACGUGAUGAAUUCUACACAAGAUAUGAGAAAAAAUUCCAAACUUGUCCGCUAGGACUCUUCACAGUCGACGAAGAAGACCCUAACUACUACGAUUCAGAUCUCCGUGAAUUGGUCGAAGGACUUGCUCCCAUACUUUGUCGAGUGGCAUCAGGAAAUGAGAGUGUCGCUUGGAGAUACCAGCAUUUCAUCGAGGGGGGCAAGGCGCGUCGACGAUUAGCGGCAAGCGUUUCUCACGGUCCAUUCGCGUUAUCAGAAAUUGGAUUCAUAGCAAAGUUACUCCGUGCGAUGUUUGUUCCAGAGGUUGCAGCAUCAAUCGACAAAAAGACAAACUCUAAAGAUUUACCUUCGGCCGUCACAACACAAAUCGAUAAAAGUAGUCUGUUCCACGAAUUUUCGAACGAACUGAAAUUGCGCUUCGUUCAUGAUGUCUUGGUACCAGAGACUAUAACGCGUUUAAUUAUGGAUCAUGAAGAAGUAAGCUAUGAGGAAGCUGAGCACAUGGUGGUUCACGGAUAUGAGGAAGUAGGGUGGGUAGAAACCCUUUUGUCGGCAAGAGAAUCGUUUCGGACAGGAUUACAAAGUUUACAAGAGAAGAAAGAACGUUAA